UAUUUUUUAGUACUUUAUUUUGUAUCACAGCAGUGAAGCUGGACUCGCCAUCACAUAAUAAAACACAUCAUCGCUAGCUUCACUGUAUCUACAGCAACUAUGGCGGAGCCUCCCUUAAGUAACGUUAGUCCAGGGAUUGAAGUAGGAGAUGGUCCAAUGGGCCAGGAUGAAGACAAGGACUUUGAUCCUACAGCAGAUAUGCUUGUUCAUGACUUUGAUGAUGAGCGGACCGUAGAGGAAGAAGAAAAGCUGGAAGGAGAGACUAACUUCAGUGCUGAAAUUGAUGAUCUCACUCGGGAAGGUGAGAUGCCCAUUCACGAGCUUCUCAAAUUGUAUGGCUACAGUGCUGGUGGUUCUCCUGAGGAAGAAGAUGAAGAUGUUCAAGAAGAGGAUUCUUCAGAGAACACUUGCAGCAGUAAACUUAAAGAGGAGGAGAAGCAGGACCUUUCGGAUCAAGAGGAGGACACUCGGUCAUCCAGUGAUGAGCCUCCAUCCUGCAGCGUUUCACACAGUACAGCUCAACUUAUCUGCUCUCAGCCAUCUAUCUAUUUAGAAGGAAACGCAGAGGAUGAGUCUGAAGAUGAAGAAUAUAUUCCAUCUGAGGACUGGAAGAAGGAAAUCAUGGUGGGUUCAAUGUAUCAAGCAGAAACUCCUGUGGGCCUGUGCAAGUAUAUGGACAAUGAAAAAGUGUAUGAAGAUGAAGAUCAGCUUUUGUGGAAACCUGAGUUACUUCCAGAGGAACAAGUAGUGGAGUUUUUAACCGAGGCCUGUAAACGCACCGGAGAAGAGACUGGUGUCACUGCCAUUCCUGAAGGAUCUCAUGUGAAAGACAAUGAACAGGCUCUAUAUGAAUUAGUUAAGUGCGACUUUAAUGCAGACGAAGCUUUAAGAAGACUGAAGUUUAAUGUGAAGGCUGCCAAAGAGGAGAUGUCAGUUUGGACGGAAGAAGAGUGUCGAGGUUUUGAGCAAGGACUCAAGGCGUACGGGAAAGAUUUCAGCUCAAUACAAGCAAAUAAGGUGAGAACUAGAUCUGUAGGGGAAUGUGUGGCCUUUUAUUACAUGUGGAAGAAAUCUGAGCGUUAUGAUUUCUUUGCACAGCAAACCAAGCUUGGGAAAAGAAAAUACAUCCUUCGACCAGGAGUCUCGGAUUAUAUGGAGCGUCUUCUGGAUGAGAGGGAGAGCUCGGAGUCCAGUGGAUCUGCCUCUCCUCCUCCCUCCACUUCGAAUAACAGCAAACACACGUCAGAGACAGACAGCGGCACAAACGCUCAGAACGGCAUAGGGAGGCAUUGCACGGAGGACGCGCUUGCCAGUGAUAAAGAUGAUACAUCUCAGACGAACGGCUCAAUCACGUGUCCAGAUAUUUCCACAGCAAGCAAGCCUCCGCAUCCUGACCCUGACGCCAGCAGCCCGAGCGCAGAGGUCACAGACAUCAUAGUAAAACAGAAAGAAGAAGAACAGUUGGAAAGACCUCUGAAAAGAAUUAGGACUGAGACAGAACCCAACAGUGAAGAGGCUGUCGCCCACAAUGAAACCAUUUGACUCAAAAGCAAAUGGCCAGAGAAAAGGCUGAAGGUCAAACCCGCAGGCAUCAAACCUCUGGGUUUGAUUCAGGGCGGUGUACCCUGUUUUAGCAUGAAGGUAGCUGAGAGAUGUUUCUGAAUUUCAGGGAUGCUAAUGAAAGCACAUUUGUAUGUAUGUAUGUAUGUACUGCCACUAAUGUCGGUUCGUAUCCCAGUCAUGUUUAUGGAAGGUUGAGAUUCACAUUAGACCGUCAUUUCACCACUGUCAACUUUGUAGCACUAUUUAUUAUAGGUUAAGGCGAUCAUGUUAUUAUGCUUUCUUGAGAUGAUUUCCAAAGGACAACUGACUGUAUUUUGUGAAACUUUAAAAUCAUGUGCACAAUCUUUUUCAAGCUGUAAGUGCACACUGCGGAAAACCUGCUUGAUCUGAAGUACACUGUAAAUAUCCAAAAUGUAAAUUAUUCAGAAUACAACAUUUUUGUAUUUGGGACAUUUUUUAAGUAUUUUAGGCCAUGAUUAUUGUAAAAAGGUUAUUUUUUUCCUGAACACUUUAUAGCAUUCCAUUCUUUAAUUUUUGAAUUUCCUGUUUGACCAAAGUUGAAUGGUUACGUAAGUCAUUUAACACUUGCUGAAAACCUUUUUCAGAUUUCCUCUUUAUAUGAAAUAUUGUCAUAUUUUUGUAUUUGAUAGCUAUUUAUUUUUUUUAACCAAAUUUUGGUGAUGCAUGAGGCCAGAAUACAGAGUAUAUUUGUACAGACUGGAGUGAGGAGAAUUAAAUGACAAAGACAUGGUGAA